AUGUCCACCCCGGCAAAGCGGAGACUGAUGAAAGACUUAAAAAGAGUAAAGAAAAACUCAUGUAAAACAAUAUUUGCAGAGCCAUUGGAAGAUGAUCUGAUGACAUGGGCUGCUGUGAUCUUUGGGCCCGAGUCGACUCCCUUUGAAGGGGGAACAUUCAGUCUGGUCCUAGCAUUUCCAGAAACGUAUCCCCAGGAUCCUCCAAACGUGAGAUUUGUCUCAGAUAUGUUCCACCCAAACAUUUAUCCCAAUGGAGAACUCUGUUUGGACAUCCUUAGUAACCGCUGGAGCCCAAGCUAUGAUGUGAUGGGGAUCCUUAUAUCAAUCCAGUCUCUCCUGAAUGAUCCAAACACUGCAUCUCCUGCCAACACAGAGGCUGCAAACCUCUUCUCGAUAGACCCACACUUGUAUGCUGAAAAAGUGAGGAAUUCCGUUAUAAAAAGCUGGAUGGAUGUAGAAAACCUUAGAGAUAAAUACGGAAGUCCUCAGUAA